ACAAAAGGAAAAUCAAUAGUAACUUCGUGACGAUAUCAAUAUGGGUCCGGAUCGGCGGCCUGCUGAAAGGAAGGCUGAAAGCAAAGAGAUGAACUAUUGAGAAGACGUUGGGGUCGCUGGCGUCGAGCACAUUCAGCAACUCUGCUAAGAUGACGGCGAAGGGAGCCGCCUGUAUUAUAGGGGAGGGGGAAGAUGAGGAGGGCGGGUGGUUGGUAGGAGAACAGCCGCACUUGAGGCCAUCAUGAAGAGUUUGACCGAAGAAUUGAGGUCUCCAAUGGCAUGCCCACCGAUUGUCAUGAUCGACCUCGGACGCAGACGUACUCGGCCGGAGUAGAGAUGACGCUAUGACCUCUCCAGGACAGCUCAACCCACAAAGCAAAAAGGACGCAAGAGAUAGCAUAGUACAAGAUAUGACAAGGCCCCCAUCUGUCACCUAACCCCGCCGCCAUGCAGAGCAAAAGCGGCAGUUUGGCAGACACACCAGCCAUGAUCCCGGCGUAAAUCUCAUCCCACAGCUGCACGAACCUGCAGGAGAUCACCGCCCACCAGGUUCCUGACUGAUGUGGUGGGGCCCGUCACAAUCUGGAGAUGAGCUGCUGUGCACAGGUGAGCAGCCAAGGUGCGUUAAAAAAACAAAUAUCCAUUUUUCCCUCUCCUUUUCUCCUGCUGUGUCAUGUCGUCAGGGCGUCUGUCAGCGAAUCGGGGGCUGCCAUCUUGUG